UCAGUUUUGAUCAAAAUGGCUACGAGUAAAGUCUUAUUUCCCUUUGCGAAUACGUAAAACAAGUUAUUUCUCUGUCUUAUACACCCUUCAGGAUCAUGUACAGUACGAGCUGUAGAUGUCAGUAUUCUUUUCGAAGAAAAAUAAUUUGGCAGUAAUUACGAAAUACAUACCGCUGAAGAUGGUGUCUGGAACCGGUGGUCAGACUGGCAGAGGAGCCGGAGGAACAGGAGGAGGUGGUGUCAUGGAGGAGGAAGAGGCCAUUCGACUCUCUCUCACACCUCAUCUUCAUGCUCUGAUGUUAGGUUCACAUCGACAAAGCUCCUGUUGUCCCACCUUAUUUGAAAGGGCUGCUCCAACUUGGUGGGAUCCAAGAUUUGAUAGUGAAGUUCUAGAGAACCAAUACCAACGUUCUUCUCUGCCGAUACUGACCCUACGGUUCCAGUAUGCCUUGACGUACAUCUUGACCAGCAGCCUGACUUGGUCAAUAUAUUGGGUCUUCGUUCAGACUCCUCACUGGCCGUCGUGCUUCGUUGUGGCACUGUUGUUAGCAAUAGCAUCUUUGUCACAGAUUAUUUGCACUCGCUGUAAAAGUUACAAGAAACAUCAGUUGUUGCUCUCAGUUAUUAUGUCGGUGACGCUGAUACUUGUAAGCCUUCUGCCGUAUGCCCUGCACCUCCGUGGCCCAGAACUUAGUGCAGAUUUUUCUGCUGUGGCUGUGUUUGCAACUUGUAUUGAAGUAUUACUACUCAUCUACACAGUGAUACCAAUGCCGUUGUACUUAACUGUAGCUAUGACGACUUUGUAUUCUUUUACCUCGGAGAUACUCAAUGCCCUCAUGACAUUCGAUAAUGAUGCGUCUCGUGUGUCGGUGAGGAUAGGCCUUCAUGUUUGCAUCCAUAUGAUUGGUGCUCACAUCAUGAUCAUGACACAAGUAAGACUUUGA